ACCUGAUAGUUUACUAUAAGGAUCAGAUAGUAAACUAAUUAUAAUUAUAAUUAUAGUUAUUAUGGUACAACCCUAACAUCUCUUCCAAAGUACAAUCAGUUCAUUCGCCAUGAUGAACAACUGGUACUUAUUAUCAAUAGCACACACAAAAGUCACACGCUUGUGCAUUGUGGAUAUGGGAAAAAAAUACAGCUGACUUUGCUGUUUUUUUUUUUUUUUUUUUAAGGGUAAGCAGAUCUGUAGAGGCAGAACAGGAGAUAAAAAGCAAAUAACUAUUCUUAUGCUUUUCUCAAGAAAAAGAGAAAGCUGUGAAAGAACACCGGUAUGGCAGAGAAACUGAAGGUGCAUGUGUUUUUGGGAGCACCCAACCCGCAGUCACUGUCUGAGAGGGACUUGGAUGAAAGUUCCAAUCAGUGGAGGACUUUAGAGUUCAACUGGAAUCAAGGAAGACUGAUACCCAAGAAGGCAGAUGAUGAUGAGCAGGCACACAGUCAUGUUGUCGCAGACGCCAGUAGUAGCCUGAACCCAACCACCGAUAAUGAGAAGCAUAACUUUUCAGAUUCCCAUGAGGGUAGCGGCACUGAAGACAGUAUUACACCCUCGAUUAGCCAGUCCUCCCUACAUAACAAAGCACUAUCUGAAGAAAAUGAUACGAGGCCUGGACUGGUUAAUGAAUAUCUAGAUAGCUGCUUUCCCUCCCAACAAUCUGAACCAAGAUCUGAUUCUGAGCAAAGUCCUGCCUUGUCUGUAGACACAGAAUAUCUAACCACCUGGACCAAGACACAUGGAUUGCUCCUGAAACCUGGAGUAGUUACUGAGCAGGGCUCCAGCUCAGUGUGCACUUUUGGAUCUCCACAAACACCAACAAGAUCGACUCCCUCAGUUUCCUUAGGCUCUCCAGAGCUUUACAGCCCCGAUGUUAGUCCAGGAGAAAGAGGCUUGGGAGGAACCCUGCAGGGGUCAGUGGAGCUUUAUGAGAGUCUGAGCCAAAGGCUGCAGGAGGGUGGUGUGCUUUUGUUGCGCACACCUGAUGGUCUUCUGUGCUCUCAGGCCAAUGCAAUGGAACAAGAGGACUAUGAAUUCCAUUUUGGCUCACCGAACAAAUCCAUCGAGGCCUCACCAACUCCCAGCACCUCAAAACGGAUUAAGCUCUCUUCAGCUCCAGCUCGGAGGCAGCAGGGAACUGGACAAAAAAACAUGCUCCUACUUCAGGGUCCCACCACACUGCUCUCCAGGUGCAUCAGUCACGGUGUGAGUUACUCCAUCUUGGUUGCUGUGGUGCACCCCUGCCAUGUGAAGGAGAUCAGUAUAAGGUCAGGAGCAUCAAGUGGAUCUAGUGUUCCACUGGCUACAGUGAUUGUCACCGAUCAAUCAGGAGUGGAGAAGAAGGUGGUGCUGUGGAGGGCAGCAGCGUUCUGGGCGCUGACGGUGUAUCCAGGAGACGUAGUGCUCAUUACAGGUGUAACAGUGCAUGUGGAUAAGUGGCGAAACGAAGCUGUAUUACAGUCAUCAUACAUGAGCCAACUACUGAACCUGGGACAGAUAACUCAGACCCAUCAACCACAAGCUCCACAAAAUGUAAACGUUCACACCUUGAGAGCUCUGUGUACUCAUCUAUGUGAGAAGCGCCCUCUGCUGGUGUCUCUGCCGCCUCGCACCGCUCAGAACCUGCGGUCAGUCCCCUUCGUCCGCCUGGGCUGUCUGAGACCUGACACACUCGUGCAUGCACUGCUCAAAGUCAAACACACCAGGAUGAUUUCAGACUGGCGCAGUGAGGCUGAGGGUGUGUCCCGGACAGGCAGUGUACACAAAGCUGUGUUAACCGUAGAACAGGCAGACGGCAGACUGGGAGCCGUUGUUCUAUGGGGAACUGCUCUCACCUGGCUACAGCAGAUCCACACCAACAAGGAUGCUGUUUGGGAGUUCCAGCUGCUGCUGGUGAAACAGGAUGUGACUUCAGGCCUGCUCGAGCUUCACUCCACGCCAUGGAGCUCAUGUCAGCGUCUGCCCCCAAACAACCCAAAAUACAAAGAAUUCUGCAGCUCAGUCACUUCACACCGGGGCAGCGGCAGCUUUGAGAUUGACCUACACACCCUCCUGUCUCAGAAAUACACAGGUGAUGUCGAUCUCAGAGUUCACAUUGUGGCGAUCCAGUUUCAUAGUAGUCCUUCCCAGGAUGCAAUGCUGCUCAUGGAUGCAGAGAUGCCUUUGGAAAGGAUCCUGGACAUUGUUUCCGGUGAUAUCACUUUCACUGGAUGUGGCAUGUGCUGUGCCGAGCUAGACACAGACGAGAACGGUAUAUAUAGACCGUGCUACCCGUGUCUGCCUCAUACUGGAGUACGUCGUUAUUAUAGGCCUGUAGUUUUGACAGUGAGAGAGGGACAGAGUCGGGUUUGUGUGCAUGUUCCAUCUACACUUGUGCAGAAGAUCCUGCUUAACACCCCACCAGACAAGCUAAACAAGACCGUAGCUCCUGCGUCAGAGGAGAGGUUUGUUCAGGUGGUGGCAAAGAGGAUCCACUCCAUUUUGUUGGCUCCAAGGUCCAUGUUUCAUCUCACCAUCCGCAGCCAUUUCGAAUCUGAUGAAAACAGCAUUCCUGUCAUACAGAAUUUUUUGCUGUUGGAUUUUGCUGCACAGGAAGCUUAAAAGCAACGAACAUUUCCUGGAAUAAUUGUAAUAUUUUGUAAUAUUGACCUGUAUAUUUUUUUAUGAUGUUGAUGAUUAAUUGAUGUUUUGCUUUGUUGAUGUUCAUAGUUAAAUGUCAAUUGUACAGUAAAUGGAUAAAAAUUUACAGUGUGUAAUCAUUUAGCCUUGGUAAAUUUCUUUGAUAGAAGAAAACUAAACCACUUUGAGAUGUACAGGUAAUGUUCUUGAAAAACAGUUACCUUUGGCAUCAUAAAGGCAUCACAAGCUUUAUUCUUUACUUAAAAUGAUGGCAAAACAUUGAUUUAUUAAAGCCUUUA